GCCAACCCCGCUUUCACUAAGUCUCUCCACAGAAGGGUCCCAGGCGACUCUGCAUUUUAUAGCUCCGUCUCCCGUUCGUCUCUUCUCUCUGGCUACUGUUAGGCUUGGCGGCUGGGGCGGCGGGCCGUGCUGCCCUCUGGGAGCUGUAGUCUUCCCGCGCCCUGGAGCUCCCUCAGGGACGAGCCCGAGGCCGAAGAGCUGGACUACAGCUCCCGGCGGGCUUCGUCCAGCCCCGCGCUCUGGUCCCGCUGCUUGUUUGGGGUUGAGGAAGAGUCCUCCCUGCCCGGGACUUUGGCUGGAAUGGGCACGGAGAAGAGUAAAAUUUUCAGGGGGAUUUUCCUCGCACUCUCCCCCCUCAUCUCCCUGCCCCGUGUUGUGUUUCUCUUGAUGACUUGGAUGAAACCGGGGUUUGGCGGGCUGGGGUUGAAGCAUCACGCCUGCAUCCACCUGCUCUUCAGGUGCAGGGGCCGGGACUUGGCCUUACCCCGAGCAUCCCCACUUCUAUCCGAGGCGCUUGCGAGGCCAGUCCCCUUUGUUUUGUCUGGGUAAUAUCUGUUUGAGUCAGGGCAGAGGAUAGAGACACCAGCUUCAAAGGUGCAGUGGUUGAUUGGUCAGGCCAGGGAUUGCAAAAAUUGGGUCCAAAUUUGUCCUGUGAUGCUGAUACACAUACUUUGAUUCUUGAUAAAAAUCAGAUUAUUAAAUUGGAAAAUCUUGAGAAAUGCCGAAGACUAGUACAGCUAUCAGUUGCCAAUAAUCGAUUGGUUCGGAUGAUGGGUGUGGCCAAAUUGACACAGCUUCGAGUGCUGAACCUGCCUCAUAAUAGUAUUGGCUAUGUGGAGGGGCUGAAGGAGCUACUACAGUUGGAAUGGCUGAAUUUGGCAGGAAAUAAUCUAAAGGCUAUAGACCAGAUCAGUAACUGCACAGCUCUGCAACACCUUGAUUUAUCAGACAAUAACAUAUCCCAACUAGGUGAUAUUUCUAAACUGAUAGCAUUGAAGACUCUCCUACUACAUGGAAAUAUCAUCACUUCUCUUAGAAUGGCUCCAGCUUGUCUACCUCGAAGCCUUGCUAUCCUUUCACUGGCAGAGAAUGAAAUACGAGACCUAAAUGAGAUUUCUUUCUUGGCAUCCCUCUCUGAGUUGGAACAGUUGUCAAUCAUGAACAAUCCCUGUGUGAUGGCCACACCUUCCAUUCCAGGCUUUGACUAUCGGCCAUACAUUGUCAGCUGGUGCUUAAACCUCAAAGUCCUAGAUGGAUAUGUGAUUUCUCAAAAGGAAAGUUUGAAAGCUGAGUGGCUUUACAGUCAAGGCAAGGGAAGAUCAUAUCGACCUGGUCAACACAUCCAGCUGGUCCAGUAUCUGGCAACUGUUUGUCCUCUUACUUCUACUCUGGGUCUUCAAACUGCAGAGGAUGCCAAGCUGGAGAAGAUAUUGAGCAAACAGAGGCUUCACCAGAGGCAGUUGAUGUGCCAAAACCAAAAUGAAGAAUCUUUACCUUCUACUGCUAAUGAGACAGAAACAGUCAUUGCAUCUGAACACUUGGAUCCACCUUCAGGGGGUCAAAUAGUUCUGGAAAGUGAACCUGUCAUUCAAGUAAAUUCUUGGGUUGGAGAAAGUGUUCAUGAGGAUCACUUGUAUGCUGUUAAGAGUAGUCUGGCAACCUCAGUACAGACUGCAAGGUUUUCUCGAAAUGACUUACACCUAGAAGACAUACAGACAGAUGAAGACAAGCUGAACUGUAGUCUUCUUUCUUCAGAGUCUACUUUUAUGCCUGUUGCCUCAGGAUUAUCUCCAGUAUCUCCUACUAUUGAACUGAGAUUACAUGGUAUAAACUUGGACCUAGAAGAUGAUGGCACUGUGACUGAAUCUCUGAAAGAAAUGAAAAAACAGGAUGUGGAUAUGGAAGUAGAAAAGACUUUGUGGGUUUCAAAAGAGAGUUCUGUUAAAUUAGCAAAUGGUGAAGGAAACCCAGAGACCAAUGACAGAGUUGGAAUAUUGCUCCAUCCUGAACUGAGCACAGCAAGUGAUUUCUCCAGAAAUGGUGUUAGUCACUCUCCCACAGCUUUUCCUGGGACAGGUAGAUUCAGGCUUUCUAGUGCACAGCUUGUUAAUGAAAGUGCAUCGUCCCAAAUCAUUUCAGAAAAACUUCCCUGCAGACUUUUCCCUGAGGGAUCUGUUGCUUUGGACAUAGAUUCUACCAUACUCCGAAGAAUGAAUGAGGCAGCCACCAAGCUCCAGGCCUGUUGGAGGGGAUUUUACAUCAGGAAUUACCAUCCUCGAGCCAAAGAAGUACGUUAUGAAAUACGAUUGAGGAGGAUGCAAGAGCACAUUGUUUACUUAACAGAUGAAAUGAGGAGAUUGAAAAAAGAAAGAGAUGAAGAGCAUAUUCAAAAGCUUGUGCAAGAAGAAACUGUCAGAUUCCUUUGGAAUCAGGUAAGAUCACUACAAGAUUGGCAGCAGACAGUGAACCAGCAACUCUGUUCUGCCUGGCAGUCUAAUGCUCCUGUAUCCAGUACCCUCUUAUCCUCCCAGUCUUCUCCAUUAUUUAUCUCAAGUCAGGAGCCCUCCUCAGCCAGUGCUUCUGACUGGUUUAUUUCAGAUGCUGAAGCUCCCCAGGAGAAAGUCUUACUUGAAUUUCCAGACUCUGGUUUUCACUCCUCCUUGGCAGAACAAGCUCACUUGCAGUAUUCAUUUGAUUCUGAAAAGAGUUCCAUGGGAGGGAGUGAGAGUUCUUUAAUGGGAAAUUCUUUAGAUACAGUUAGAUAUUUCAAAGAUACAGAUACUGGGGAUACCAGUGAAGAGCACAAUGAAUGGAAUAAAGAUAGUUCUAAUAAUGAACAAGAUAGUAGUCUUCUCGAACAGUAUUUAACUUCAGUUCAGCAGCUAGAAGAUGCUGAUGAGAGGAUCAGUCUUGAUGAUGGCAUAGAAGAUGGUAGCCUUCAAAUUACUUCAGCCCCAAGUUCAUGUUCCUUGUCUGACUCAGCUGCUGCUGUUGCUAAUAUAGCUGAUAACAAAGCUGCUCCCUUGCAAGAUGAAACCAGUCUGACACCGGACUCUUGUAAAUCAAAUACAGAAGUUCAAGGUCAUCAAUCAGAAUGUGAUUCUGCAUUUCAGGUGCUGCCCGUUGGUAUUGCUGUGUAGUGUACCUGGUGCCAUGGAAAACUGAGGAGUUAUUUAAUUCUUUCUAAUUUUCACUUGUCCUUAUAUUUUCUUUCAGGUGUGUAUGUAUUUUUUUUUUAACUUCAUAAUUUAUAUAGAAUUUAUAUUUUCAUCUAUUGUUUUCCAGAUUUCAAAUAUUUUAUUGAAGCUUCAUUUUGACAGCAUUUUGCUAAUCUUGUUCAAAUACUCAGCUUUAUGAUGCUGAAUAAUAUUUGUUAAAAGCUACAUGCACUUUAUUUCUUAAUAAUUGAACUGUAUCAAAAUAAUUUUUUCUUUCAUGAAAUGUACAAAGAUUAUGUUUUUCUCCAAAGAGAAUUAAACUAAAACAUCUUCAAUUUUAGAAAAUUUUAUCUAAAUGGUAAUUGCAUCAUUUUAGAGAACUUUGGUUCUUUUUUGUUAAUGGGGAAAAUAAUUACAUAAUACAUUCUAUAUAAAAAGAAAUCCAGUGCAGUGAACCAGUAUGUACAGCACAGUGAGCUGUUGCGAGGGGAACAAAAGCUGACUGCUUCUCUUUCUAACAGUAGUAGCAGGAAGAUACUAGCCUUGCUUUGUUUUUUCUUCUUUUGAGUCAAGGGAAAACUUUGCAUACAGAUCCUGUAGGACACAAUGAAACUACAGAACUUCUUUAGUAAAGAUGUUUAAUUGCCUUAAGAAACAGAUCUUUAAUGAUUAUCAAAAUAUCCUUAAAAGAACAUGAUCUUCAGUAAUGAAAUGUUUCAUCCAGCCCAUUAGCUCAGCUUAGUUAACAGAAGCAAUAAUAGAAACCCUUCUCUCAGAAGGAAGAAAGCAAGCAAACACAAAGAUCAAUCCAUUUGUUAACACCACUGUAUGUGUUCUUAUUCUUUGAUUUAAAAACAUAAUAGAAUGAGGUUUAUUUUUAACCUUUCUUGGCCUGUCUCCCAAUUGUGUAUCUUUUUCAAUAUUUUAAAUACUGGCUUCCACUUAUAUUGCCCUUUAGAACGCACUUUCCUCACAUUUGAUCUCAUUUAAAAAAAUUUGUUUUUUAUCCCCAGUACAGUGCCUUGCAUGUAGUAGGAAGUUAGUAAAUGCUGUUUGGAUUUGGAGAUAGUAGAAAUAUUAUUAACGUCAUUUUGUUUUUUUUUUUUAUUUGAAAAUACUUAAUACUUUUUAAUAUCAUUAUUUCAUUCUUGCUACCUUGCCCCCUAGCAUAGCUCUUUCUUAUAGAAAAUAAGUACAACCAAAUCAAUAUGGUCCACAACUUCGAAUUUUGUUCUGUACCCAUUGCCUUCUCUUCUAUGAGAAGCUUAAGGCACACUUCAUAUUUACUCCUCUGAAGUCACCAUUUAUCAGAAUUCUGAAGCCUUUCAAAUUAUUGUCACAUAAUGUAUAAACCUUUUUGUGAAAUCUGUUUCUUUAAACCAUUUACCCAGGGUCACACAGCUAGUAGGGAUGAAAGCUGGGACCCAAAAGUAGGUAUUCUGACUCCAAAUAUUUCAUUUUUUUUAAAAAAAACAUCGUACCAUACUGCUUCACCUUUAUUGAACUAAGGAAAAUUAUCCCCCUUUUCUUGAGGGCUGGAGGAGAAGGGAGGAAUUAGUAUUUAGAUUUGGCUAUGGAUGUAAAUGAAUGAUCUAUACACCCUCUCUUUUAAAUUUUGUUCUGAGAUAAGGCAUAUACAGACUUGAGGGUAUAUACUAAUUGAAGAACUUAAGGGUUUUUUUGGUGGGGAUGGAGAGAAUAAUUCCCAAUUCGAGCUUUAAAAAAGUCCUACAUUUUAGAGAGUAAUUGGUAGUGGUAGUAGUGGUGGGGAAACCAUCUUUUGCUUUUUAUUUGGUUAGAAAGUACCCCAAAUGUACAAAGAAAAUAUUUUGUUUUGAAGUUAUCAAAUGUAGAUCCAUAAAUCAAAACAAGCAUAAUCUAACUUUGGGGAAAUAUUUUACUAUUAGAAAGCCAUCAACAAAUGUUCUAAAAAUUUUUAACCAUAAAUACAUAGAAUUAUGGUAUCAGUAGAAUGUUGUGAUUUAUUUCUAUUUAACAACCAUUUAUUAAGCAUCUGCUAAUGUGUGUAAGGCCCUAGGGAUACAAAACCAAAAAUGAAAUAAUUUCCAUCCCCCUCUCACAUUUUACAUUCUAUUGGGAGAGUAAAAUAAUACAAAGUACAUAAAGAGUACUAAUAACUUGAGGACAGGAGGCGCCUCACAUAGUUGGAGGGCCUGAACUCUGACAGAGAUAAUUCCUAAUCAUAAUCCUAGAAUUAUAAUUAUUUAGAACUCUGACAUCAUUCAAAUAAUCUGAGAUUUAUAUUAAAAGUUAGACUUAUUUGUCCCUAUAACUCAUUGGGAAUCCAUUCUCUAAAGUUAUAUAAAACACUGAAAUCUUCCAGAAUACAGUUAACAUUGAUAAUAUUGGUGCUGGAAUUAUUUUUUUCUGUAUUCAUGAAUAAAUAGCACUCAGGUCAAGAAUUCUUUGCAUCUAGAAUGUUUUGCUAAGGAAAAUUUCUCUCUGAUGUUUUUUUUUUUUUGACUGUCUUAUCUAAAAGUGAACACAGUGAUGAUGUAUAUGUAGUCAUUAAGUGGAUUUAUUACAUAGCUUUUUGUUAACUCUAGUAAUAACAUGCCUUAUUAGUCACUUGUGAAACAAUAGUUGCAGCAUUUUCAAUUUUUGGAUAAUGCCAUUUUUUUAAAUGGACCAUUUUAGAUUUCUUCCUAAAUGCACCCUAUUUUUCUAUUUUUACAAUUAAGUGCCUAAUUUUUUCACCAGGAAUUAGACAAAGAAAAAACUACCCUGUGUUGCCCUAGUGCCAAAGUCCCAUUUCUCAUUACAUUAAAGUUUUCCAUAAAAGCUGCUAAAAUUUCCUAGUUCAGUAUUACCUAAUCAGACUUUAUCUUACACCUUUUUUUUUCCUUUGCUGAGCUCAUUUGUGCACUAGCGUUUAUUUGUAUUAUUUUCUUUUUUUAGACAUGUAAAUUUUUUUACUCAUAAUUAACCUUCAAAGGAAUUUUAAUUUCAUGAAAAUGUAGCAAAAUACCAUAUCAAUCAAUAUUUUCAAUUCUUUUUUACCUUUACUAAAGUUUUGAAUUCAAGAAUAUUAAGACAUCCCUUCCUCGUCUCCUUUUAGGCCUUUACAGUUUAUCUUGUGUGUAAUUGAGAUUAAAAAUGAUUUAAAGUUAGAAUGGAGGUAAUGUAUGAACCAGGCUUAUAAUAUCCUGAGGAUUUAAAAUAAUUAAAAACUAAUUUAUAUAAAUUUUUUGGUUUCAAAGUCACAAAGUAUAAUAGCAUGUUGGAUUAAGAAGUUAUUGUAGUUUAACAAGAUUUGGUAGUUGACAGAAAAGAAUGUGUAUGGGAAUUUGUUCUUUGAAUGUGAACUUGUUCUAAAGUGUUUUAGUCAAUAGUAGGGGCAAUUCAACAAUAGUGCUUCACUUAAAAUUUUUUCCAGUGUAGAAUUAUUCAGAUUUAGUACAUUUUCAUUAAAAACAAUUGCAAACAAAUGAGCUUGUUGGGUUUUAGUUAAAAAUUUUUAUAUAAAAAAUUUUGUACUUUACAGCAAUGCAUAGACAGAAGGUUUCCCUGUGUUUAUGUUUCUGUCUUUGAAAGGAAAACACUUCUGCCAUUAAAGAUAGAGCAGUCAUUAAAAAAUAAAAGUAUUUUGUGAUUUUUUUUCUAAGAUACAUAGUUGUAUUAACUAUGUGCUAUAAAAAAGAAUGGAAAAUAUGUAAAAGUUUUGCAAAGGAUCCUUUUAAAUCAAGGAUCUGUAUUUUCAUCAGUAUGAAUUAGGUAUUCCCUUUCCCAACUAAGAUCUCUCCACAUCUUAAUAAACAGUUUCAUAAAUUGCGAAGGCCAAAAAAUGUAUCCUUUAAUUGUCAGCUCUUUGAACUUAGUUAGCUAUGUUAGUUUUUGGAUGGAAUACAUUGCUGGGCUUGUACUAGAAACUUUUACAGCUUGAUGAAGGGCCUCUUAGAAUUUAUAGCUUAGGUUUUGAGAACCCAGGGUCUUCUUGAUACCAGGAUGAGAUAUAAUUGCACCUUAAUCAAAGAAAAUUUAUAAUAGAAAGUGGCAUGUUGCUAAUCAGAAUAAAGAUCUAGUAUAUCUUUGAAUUUGAUCAAAUCUCAAGGUUUAUUGAGCCAACUAGGUAUGAAUGUCCAAAACAUACUAAUUAUUAUAGAAAGCACUUGUCAAGCUAGUAAACAAAUAUGUAAGCUAGUUUAAUUUUGUAUAUUUGAUUACUAAAAACUUCAUGCAUGCUAUAGGUAGAAAUGUACAUAAUUGAUGACAAAACUGUUCUUGUUAGUGUGCAGAUAAUUUUUUUCCUCGAAUAAUGUAGAUAUCACUGAUCUUGCAAAUUAUACUAUUUUAAAAUGGGGUUGGGGGUGGUGGUGGUAUUUUUGUUAUAAAAACAAACAAAACCAUCUGUGGUGGUGUGUUUCUAUGUACUCUUUAAUUCCAAAUCUUUUUCCCAUUUUUGUCAAUGUUUUCAGGAACUAGCCUUAAGUAAUUGUCUAAUUCCUGAUGGUUCAUUCUGAUGUUUUAUGUAGUUGUAAUUAGAGAACAUUAAAUACCACAGUACUUAAGGUUAAGAUAGGGAAGGACAAAAGCUAUACCAUAUUAAAAAAAAGAAAUGCUUUAACUACACCAAAAUGGAUAAAGGAUGAAAAUAUGGGAGAAAGUAUACCUAAGAAAUGGAUACAGCAUGAAAAAAGAUUAGUGACUCAUUCAUAAACCAAGUAGAAAGAUAGUUGGCCUAAUAUAUAGGUUUUCUAUUUUGAUAAUCAUACAUCUAAUUGAAGUAAAUUUGCUAUACUGUGUUCCUUUCUCAUAUUCAUUUCAAUGUAAAAUUUAUACUACUUUCCCAUGGAGUUAAACAGAAAAUUUAGUCAAAAAACACUCUAAAAGUUUUCCGAGUUUGUUUUCUAAGAUGGAACCUAUUGUGCCAUAUUAAAAUUUCAUAAACAGAGUAAAUGACAGUUUAAAAAAAGUAAAAGAUAGCCUUGAAGAGUAUUGUAUUGAAUUAUAUUUUCCCAAAAAUUAGGUGCUUUUUAUUUUUAACCUUGUGUACUAUUCUGAAUCCAUUUCACUCCCAUUGAUUAUUGUAGAUGGUGGAAUUAUGCUAUGGUAGCUUUGUUCAUUUUACAGUUCCAUUUUUUUGUUUUCUAGGGGAGAAGUAGUGUUUUAUAUAGAUAAGAGUUUUAAAAAUUUAUUUGUGGUUUAUUUUUAGGUUCUCUCUAAAACCUGUAGAAAAAUUGUGUGUUUAAAGUAAUUAAAAUGUGUAUUUUUUUUUUAAAUGGUUGCUGACUUUUAAAAUUGUGCUUACAUGGUUAGUUUAUACUUUGAGGUUCUAAGUUUAAAUAAAUUAUUUGUACCUUG